CCAGAAUGAUGGCCACCGGGGAAGAUGAGGAUGAUGACGGUGAUGAGAAAGAUAAUGGUUAAGUAUGAAAGAUAAGGGUGAAAAGGAGGGGAAAGAAGAGUUGGAUGUGGAAUUUUCUCUGGAAGAAAGCACAGCUCCCCACACUGAGGCCAUUACCAAUGGAGUUCUAGUGGCUCAUCCCUGCCUGUGUGUUCAAGGCUCCAUCAAUAAAAAUGAGAAGACCAAAUGGAUAAUACAGGAGAACUGUCAAGUCAAGUUGUCUGUGCCAGGGGCCUUUGAGAAUCGGUCAUCCACUUUCUGCAGUGCUGAUUCAGAAGAGAGAAGGAAGAUCCCAUUUCUCUUCCACGUAGACAGAGAAAUCUGCCCAGAGAUGCAUUUGGAGCUGCUGCAAACGACAACUGUCCUAGAGGAGGGAUGGAGUGAGGAUCUGAAAAUGCACACUGCACGCUUAGGGACGGGAACAAUCCCUCUUGCAACACUUCCUCUUGGACAGGAAGUUGAAAUUAGCAUUCCACUAGGAAAGGGGCAAGGUGUGGAUCUAACUGUGAAGGUUGAAGAGAGCUCUCAGGAUCUUGAUGUGCGCAUCAGUUUUGACCUCUGUAGAGGAGAGAGAGAAUUUUUGGACAUGAGGAAGAAAAUAGCUUCUCAUGCCCUAAAGAAGACACUUGGUUUGCCAGAGGAACCCAAGAAAGAUGAGAUCCCUGUAGUGGCAGUAGUGGGAUCAGGAGGUGGGAUGAGAGCCAUGACUGCUUUCUAUGGCAAUCUGUCAGGACUCCAGCAGCUUGACCUCUUGGAUAUCCUGAUGUAUAUGUGUGGAAUCUCAGGAUCCACCUGGUGUUUGUCUAAACUCUACAAAGACCCUCACUGGUCCCACAACGAUCUCCAGGAUGCAAUUAGCGUUGCUCGGAAACUUGUGACCAGCAGCAAAGUGGGGGCAUUUUCUGCUGAACGACUGGUGUAUUAUUUCCAGCAGCUGGUCUUGUUGGAGAAAGAAGGACGGAAGGUCACACUCACGGAUUUGUGGGGCCUUAUCAUAGAAUAUUUCUUACAACAGAAGCAGGAUCCAUCGAAGUUGUCUGACCAGCAGUCAGCAGUCAGGUGGGGACAGAACCCCUUCCCUAUCUAUGCAGCUGUCAACGUGAAGCCCAAUGUCAGUAGCCAUGAAUUUACAGAGUGGUGUGAGUUCACACCCUAUGAGUUUGGUACCCACAAGUAUGGAGCCUUUAUCCGCAUAGAAGACUUUGGCAGUGAAUUCUUCAAUGGGCUGCUACUUGGGAAACAUCUGGAGCCCAGAAUUUGUUUUCUGCAGGGAAUAUGGGCCAGUGCCUUUGCUGCCAAUCUAGAUGAAAUCUGGGAAGAGGUCAUUUCUUCAAAAGUUGGCUUUCUAGAAUCUCUGAAAGAUGCCAUCAAAGCUAUAGAUGAGGCUCGUGGACGCCAGACUCUGGACCCUUUACAGUUAGAAAAGCGAAUGGUCAUGCCAGGUGGAGCUUUCUCACAUUUAUUUCAAGAUUUAUUUAAGUCUCGCUUCUCUGCUGGGGAAAACAUUAACUUCAUGCGUGGACUGUACCUUCACAGGGACUACGUCAAUGCCAAAGAGUUUGUGACCUGGAAAGGCACUCACCAGGAUGCCUUUCCCAACCAGCUAACUCCAAUGGAACACAGCCUGUACUUGAUAGAUGGGGUUUUCUCUAUCAAUUCUCCCUUUCCUUUGGUGCUUCAGCCAGAGAGAGAUGUAGAUGUCAUCUUGUCAUUCAACUACUCUUGGGAAGCUCCAUUUGAGGUGCUGCAUCAGGCCCAGAAGUAUUGUGAAGAACGGGAAAUCCCCUUUCCACAUAUUGUUGUGAGUGAAACAGAUAAGCAGAAGCCCAAGGAGUGUUAUAUGUUCGUGGAUGAUCGCAAUCCUAAAGUUCCGAUAGUGCUUCACUUUCCAUUGGUGAACAACACAUUCCAGAAAUACAAGGCACCAGGAGUCGAGCGUGAGACAGAAGAUGAGAAAUCCUUUGGCAACUUCCCUGUUGAAGGAGAAAAAUCUCCUUACCAUUCUAUGAACUUCACAUAUCAACCCAAUGAAUUUGAUAGGCUGCUGGAAUUAAGCCGCUACAAUAUUAUGAACAACAAGGAAGCUAUUUUAAAAGCCCUUACUUUGGGCAUGAAAAGAAGGGUGCUCAAGAAUGCCAAAAGGAAAUAAGAUGCAGCCUUGUAAUUAGGCUAUUGACUGGUUGCAGGACACUGAAUACAUGAAAGCUUCAGACAGGAACACCAAAGGGCUAAGGUAUCUGCAAAUGACCAACACAGCUGAUAACUCAACUAUGUUUCGUAGCUUCUCCAAAUACAGAAUGUCUCAGCUAGACUUCACUUCUGGGUGAAGUGUGUGAGUGGAGCUUUAAUAAUAGCAUUAAAAUAUUUUUGUAUGA